AUGGCGGCCCCGCCCUCAGCGGCCACGGCGGCCCCGCCCUCAGCGGCCAUGGCGGCCCCGCCCUCAGCGGCCAUGGCGGCCCCGCCCUCAGCGGCCAUGGCGGCCCCGCCCUCAGCGGACAUGGCGGCCCCGCCCUCAGCGGCCAUGGCGGCCCCGCCCUCAGCGGCCAUGGCGGCCCCGCCCUCAGCGGCCGUGGCGGCCCCGCCCUCAGCGGACACGGCGGCCCCGCCCUCAGCGGACAUGGCGGCCCCGCCCUCAGCGGCCAUGGCGGCCCCGCCCUCAGCGGCCGUGGCGGCCCCGCCCUCAGCGGCCAUGGCGGCCCCGCCCUCAGCGGACACGGCGGCCCCGCCCUCAGCGGACAUGGCGGCCCCGCCCUCAGCGGACAUGGCGGCCCCGCCCUCAUCGGACAUGGCGGCCCCGCCCUCAGCGGCUAUGGCGGCCCCGCGCGCGGAGCGGAGCGCGGGCAGCGCUGCGGACACGCGAUUGGUCCGUGCGCGGCACCGCCCCCCGCCGGACAGCCAAUGGGAGCGGCCCGCGCGCGGCGGGGGCGGGGACUCUGACACGGGGCCGGGCUGGGGCUCCCCACGGACCUGCCGCGGCCGCCCGGCCCCGCCCGCUGCCCUUCCUCGGGAGGAGGAGGAGGAGGAGGAAGAGGAGGAGGUGGCAGCGGAGCAGGAACGGCUCUGGAAGCAGCGGCAGCGGGACAGCUCCGACGGGACGGGGGCCCCGCUGUGCCCCCCAGCAGGAAUAGACCGUUCCCACAAGCUGUCCCCUCUCUCCCGGCUCUCGGAGCCAUCCCUCAUGCCGGGGAGGCUGAGGCGCAGCAGGCGGGAGGUGCUGGGGGAGAAGCAGUGGCGGAGCCUGGAGGAGAGGGGAAGUGCCCAGCUGGAGCAUCCCAAGCUCACCAGAUCCAGAACCUAUGAGUCCUCCUGCAAGGAGGCAGAGCAGGCGGCCACGGGCAGGCAGGGACCCCCAUCCCCCUCGCUGAGCAAGCAGGACAGCAGCUACCGCCGGGUUUUCGGGGGGCUCGCCGAGCAGGACGCGCUGCUGGGCUGCUUCUCGUGCGCCUGGCAGAGAGAAAUGCCCUACCACGGCCGCCUCUACGUGUCCUCCCGCCACAUCUGCUUCCACUCCAGCCUCCUGCUCAAGGACAUCAAGGCCGUGGUCCCUGUCGCCUCCAUCUCAGCCCUCAAGAAGACCAACACGGCGCUGCUGGUGCCCAACGCAAUCAGCAUCCGCACGGCCAAGGGGGAAAAGUUCCUCUUUGUGGCGCUGCGCCAGCGAGAGGCCACGUACCAACUCCUGAGGUCGGUGUGCAAACACCUGCAGGACAGUGGCCAGAGCUCUCGAGACUCAGCGAGCUGGGAGGAAACCCUUGGGAAAUCUCAGAUGUUGAGCCAGUCAGCCCCGGAGCAGAGCACCCCGGAGCCCAACAGCCUCCAGGAAGCCCUGGGACACCUAGACUGCUCCCUGGGGCAUUCACCGAGUGUCUCCCGGUCACCUGCAGAUGAGCCGAACCUGAGAUCAAGGCAAGCGGAGGAUGAGGAUGGCGAGGUGGCCCUGCUGGUUCCCCGCAGCAGCGAAUGGGUGCCCUCAGCAAAGACACAUGGCCUCUGGGGGCGACCCCACUCCGUGCUCUGUGCCUGGGCCACUGCACUUUGGUCCUGGAUAAACCCCCAGCUGAGCUCCCUCAACAUCAUCAUCACCAUCUACCUGCUGCUCAUGGUGGCCUUGCUGCUGUCCUCGGGGUACAUCGGCCUGCGCAUCGCUGAGCUGGAACAGCAGUUGUCCUUCGCAGGGGCUGGGCCAGACCUCAACCUGUCCCAGCAGUACAAGACAACGUGAGGCCACCGAGGAGAUGAGCAGAGCUCCAGCCAGAGCUUCCUUGGCCUUUUGGGGCAGGGCUGUCACCAAGUGCCUCCCAGCUCCCCACCCUGCCUGGGACACCCACAGGCUGAGGCUCCAUCUCUCCGUGUCUGCCCACCCUGAGCAGCAGCAGAAGAGACCCAGGGAGCUGCUGGUGGGGCAGAGAGCAGGGAAUCAGCUGGAGUCAGCACCAGCCCCAGCCAGCCCUCCCUGCCAAGAGGGAGCAGAGAGAGGGGGCCAAGCCCCAGGCAAGGCCGGGGCACAGAGAAUAGAAUAAUCUAUUAAUAAAGAUUAAUAAAAACCA